ACAGGGAAGGGGAAGCAGUGGUCUGCUUUGACUGGAUAGCUGAAGGGAGAGCGGACGCUAAUCAGGCUUCCCCAUGGUGACCACCAGCCAAUCCGGGGCAGCUAGGGAGACACCCACCGUUGGAGCGCGCCCUGCUGCCGCUGCCGUUACCCAGAGAAGCCAGUGAGAUGUCUUGUGGCCCACCAUGCAGAACCAUCACGCUGGAGCGCUGCUACCUCACCCAUCUAUCGAUCUUGCUCCAGCCUUGAUCCCAGAGAAACCCAGCCCCCCGAAUCCAGGGCGUUGAAGACAACGGAUAUAACUACCAGUUCUCCUUUCCUCUUAAGAUUUUUCUCAACCUCUGUAGUCCCUGGAGCGCCAUUUCUAUGCUGACCGACACUUCACUCAGACUCUCUCAGACAAGCCAUGUACGCAGGCAUCACAGGUUAACGUUCGAUGCAAAGAAAGUGCUGACCCUUUGGACCCUGCUAGGUGGUGCUGUUGCUGUUCUUCUUUGGGGGUUUUUCAGUUUUCCUAAAAAAUUUUCAGUUACAAGACUAUCCAGAAACAAGACAUGCGAUGAUGAAGUAAAGAUGUGCCAUGGUGGCUGGAACAAAGCAGGUCGGAACUGCUUCUCUUUUAACCAACAUAAAAAUUCAUGGAUCACUUCCAAGGACUACUGCAAAAUCUAUGAUGCAACCCUGGCUGUAUUCAACAACAAAGCUGAAUUGGAAAUUUUGAUGAAGCAAAUACAUGAGACACAAACAUAUUGGAUUGGACUGCACAGACGAAAUUUAUUCGGAAUCUGGGUUUGGACAAAUGGAAGUAAAUACAACAAUUUGCAUGACAUCCAAGAUCAUGGUCAGUGUGCCUUCAUGCAUCAAAAUGGUAUAGACAGUACCCAAUGUGAUGAACAAAAAGGAUAUAUUUGUACCAGAGAAGGACGGUGCCCUUAAAGAUUUCUUCCAUCCAAAGGAACAUGAAGAGCAGUGUCUUGUUUGUCUGUGAUGUGUAUUCCCAUGGACAUCGCUUUAAAUCUAAUUUGACUGAUAAACAUUCACAUGAAUUUUAUCUUCAUUGAAGUAGUUACUACAAAGUCUAGCAAUUAAACUAAGUUUGAUGUGGUACUGCUGGGCCAUCGAGGUUGGUGCAUUUGAAGCUAUGGUCAUGAAGCUUGCUCAGAAGUGAUCCAUCAAAGUGGAGCACACUGGAGGGCAUAAAGAAUAAAGGGGAAGAUCCCUCUGCUUGUCUAAAAUUCAGUGGCAUCUUCAGAAAGGAAAACAAGAGCUACAGGACAGGGUGAGCAUAAGAAAUGCUUUGUUUUUCCUCAAAUAAUACAUGAUUCAUGUGGAACUGUGAUGGAAGGCAUAAGGGGGAAACUAUUCUGAUCGGGGAUCCUGUGUCAUAACUGAGGACCAGGCAACUCUCCACAGGUCUCUGCCAAACUCAAAGACUUAAGAUUUGUUUUUGCUACAGUUGCUGAAAGAGUAAAGGAUGCAAAUUUUGUGAUGAGUCAUGAUGAGCAGAACAUGAACACCAGGAGGUAGAGAGGAAUAUGAAGGAAGAAACGUUGUGACCUUGAAGAAUCCAUGGAGAUUAGCCUAAAUUCCAAAGCUGUUUCACUCGGAUUCUGGAAAACAUUGAAAUGACCUUGGAGAGAGGGAGGUACAGACAUUAACACUGGUCAUCAUUAAAAAAUCUCUUCAACUACCACAGGUCUUUUCUCAUAUGUGAUUUUAGCGUUUACAUGCUAUAUGUGCAAGCGUGGAAUGGUGAAGGCUGAAGCAUUUACAUGUUAUAUCUGUAUGCAAGGAUGGAGGGGUACAGGCUGUAAACAUGAAAGUGGGCUAUGGAGAGAGGAGUGAAGAGUUCUAAAGGAGGAAGGAAAGGUAAUAGGCUACAUGUGACAUGAAACCAGGAGAUCCUGGAACCUAUGCUGCUCUAGAUAAC